GAGGGUUAGGUUGACAAACUUUGACAAAUCAUGUUCGCAAAUUAUAUAAUGGCAAGAUAAUUAUUUCUAGACUUCCUUUACAUAACUAGACAGCAUGUUAACAACCAUUCAGUAUUAGACAGUAUUGAAAAUGACCUCAAAAAUUCUAACUCGAAUAAUACAAUGCCGUGGCGCAACACUAGUUCCAAAAAAAAGGUAAGUGACACUGCUUAUCGAAAGGUGAAGUAGUUAAAAGUAAUUUAUUAUUGUUUAUUAAAAUGAUGUAUCAGUUGAUGGUUCUUGACCUUUGAUUCAUCAUUGCAUGUUUGCCUCACUUGUGCGUUAUUUCAUCGAAUUCUGUUUCCAGUUUUCAGAGAUCGAACAUUUUACGAAAAAUGUCUGCCCCAAUCGCAAAAAAUGGAGAAAACUUCCCAUCUGUGAGCGAACUAAAGCUAAAUAUAGCAAAGAAGAUGUUAGGUCCAAACAUGAGUUACAGCCCUAUCCAAAAGGAUAAAUCCCAUUUACUGAAAUACCUGCCGAAAUCUCAAGAUGAGAUGCCACCAAGGUCUAUGGAAGAUAGUUUUUUGGUAGGCAUUAUACCUUUAUCUAAAGACAAGGCUUUACAAGACAAGUAUGUCACUUUUUUGGGGCAUGUUAGGAUAGGAAGGCUUCUAGAAGAUAUGGAUAUUUUUGCAGUCAUGGUAUGUUACAAGCACAUAGUCAAUCCAAAGCUUCCUGAAAAUGAAACUUUUCCAUAUAAUUUGGUGACAGUACUGGUUGACAGGAUAGAUUUCACAGAGUAUGUUCCUAAGUCAAAUGAAGAUAUAAAGAUAUCAGGCCACGUGAGUUGGGUGGGCAAGAGUUCAAUGGAGGUAGUGGUAUGGCUAGAACAGAAACAGUCUGGCGUUUGGCAGAGGGUGACAAGAGCUCUGUUCCUCUUGGCCGCUCGUGAUGUAAACAAUGUUGGCGCUGGUAUCGUCAACUCCAUAAUCCCAGCAAACGAAAGGGAGAAACAGAUUCUAGCUGGAGGGGAAACCAGGAAGAAAAGGCGGCAGGAGUUACAGAAGAAGAAUUUGGCUAAGGUGAUUCCCGAUGCAGAAGAACAGAAGACCGUUCACGACCUCUUCGUCCGCACAGUAGAAUCGUCAGAUGUUUCGUUACGUAACAGGGUACUACCAGCCGAUUGCAUUUGGAUGUCGGACGCCACUAUAUCCAACGUUAUCUUCUCCCAGCCCGAAGAUAGGAACUUGCACAACACCGUCUUUGGAGGAUUCAUGAUGAGGCAGGCGUUGGAACUUAGCUGGGUUCUUGGGUUGAAGCGGAGUAUCGGACAGCGUUAUUCUACGUAGUGACUGCAAUACAGAUAGUAUUGUUAUUCAAUGGUGAAUGAAUUCAUUAAAUUCAGACUUUUCCGAUUUUUUCAAACUUUAUAAUUUGUGCACGUCUUAUGAGUUAUUCAGAUCUUAAAAUUUAAGGAAGUUGUGACAUUUUCUGUGGUUUUCGGUCGUGACGUCACAUGACAUGAGUUUGGCUUCUAAGCCACAGAACUGCCGCGAUGGCCGUUGCACAUUGCAUUCAUCUUGGUAUAGACUUUUCAGGAAGCAUCACAGUACAACGUUAGCACUGGUAGAUCUUUGUGAUAAUAUUAUUAGGGCAUUGGACAAAACGUUAGCCACGGCAGUUGUAUCACUUGACUAUUCAAAAGCAUUCAAUCGAAUUAAUCAUAAACUUUUAUGUGCAAAGUUGAGGUACUUAGUCUUUGAUGAUACUUCAGUAGCUUUUUUCCCGCAACUACUUAUCAGGUCGUACGCAAUGUGUCUAUUAGUAACAUUCAAUCUAAUAUUGCGACUAUACCAUCAGGUGUUCCACCAGGCUCAAUUUCGGGACAUGUGUUUUUUUAAUACAUACCUUUGACCUGCAUAAAACAGUCGAGAAUUCAGAAAUACAAACAAUUGCUGAUGAUAAGCAGAUAAUUUACUAUUUCGACGCUUCGGAUGCACCAAUUGCGGCGCCCACUCUUCAACUGGACUACAACAGGUACAUCAAUUUUCUGUGGAUCAUAAUCUCGAUAUUAAUCCCGAUAAAACACAAGUGCUACUGUUUUGUUCUGAUCAGAAGAGAAAAAUCGUCGAAGACUCUUUUCAUUUAACUAUUGAUGGUAUAACUUUGCGGCAUACUCAAACAGCAAAGAUUCUAGGCGUAGAAAUGACAACAAAUUAAGAUUUCGUAGCCGUAUAGCUAAUUUGAAGCUCUUUAUUCCAUUCGAUACUUGCUAAACUUCAAGCUGAGGAAAAUACUGUGUGAAUCUGUGGUUAUGUCAAUUCUCAGUUUCUGUUAUGUCGUUUAUUACCCAUGUUUGUAUCAGUUGACAAAAAAUAGGCUUCAAAUCAUCCAAAAUAACUGUGUACGCUUUAUUUUUGGUUUGCGUAAAUACGAUCACGUUAGUGAAAAAUAUAGGGUACUGAACUGGCUUAAGUUAAGAUGUCUAGUUAAACAUAAGUUCUUAGUUUUAGAUCACAAAAUUCUGUUGUCAUCAAAGCCCGAAUAUCUAAGAGUCAAAUUGCAUUUUAAUUACGAAGUUCAUGACAUGUCUGCUAGAAAUCGUUUUGAUGUCUCAUGAGGGUGUGGGAACUAAGGGUUCCUCAGAAAUUGCAACUUGUUUGUGGAAACAUCUAAGCGGUCUUGGGAAUGAAGUAACGUAUGUCCUAAAAAAUUGGCACAAAAUGUUUAUCGGAUUUUUUUUGAAUGAAGAAAUUUAUUUAAACACUAACUAGUUAUCAUAAAUUACAACUUAAUACUUAACUAAACUAUGCUAUCGAAUUAUGUGGAGCUGUCGAUUCUGCUCUACCAGAGGCAACUUUCUUUGAAUGUCUCUCAUGAGGACGGAAAUCAGAUCAAUUUCUCUCAGAUUUCCGUAAAUUCACCGUCUUAAUUGUUAUAUAAUAAACCUUCCUUGACAGUAAAGCCCAAAAAUCCUGCGGCAAGUUUGGAGGAUAAUCGUUUUUGGGAACAAAAGGUAUGUUCUGUUGUCGAAGCCAGUUUUAGAUAUCUCUUGAGUAAUGGCAUGAUGCUAAGUGUGUCCAAAACAUGAUAUGGUCAUUAGCAUGAUUUUCGUACAACCUGAAGCAAUAUGGAAAGGCAGUUAUUAAUACAGCUCCGACUAAUCAAAGCUUCAGCCCUCACCCUUCACACAAAAGGUUGGGAUACACUACUGUUAGAAAUUGCGCACCAGACAAGGAUUUUAUCUGCAAAUUUCGCUGUAUGUUUAUAAAAAUACUUGGAGUCUGGUCAUUCCGAAAUGGAGUUAGCUGGUGUCGACUAUGCUAUAGAGAACCGUGGCAAUAAAGUAAAUAUACAUACA